GCAGGACCAGCACCUUAAAGCAAGCAGCGGUCCCAGCGCAGGCUUGGUCUCGCGCUCCCGCCCUCCGCCCGCUCCCCCUCCCCCGAGCUUCUUGCCCGGCUGACGGGCGGAAGGGAGGCCGCGAUGGCAGAUGAGAUCGCCAAAGCUCAGGCCGCUCGGCCUGGUGGCGACACGAUCUUCGGGAAGAUCAUUCGCAAGGAAAUCCCAGCCAAAAUCAUUUUUGAGGAUGACCAGUGUCUUGCUUUUCAUGACAUUUCCCCUCAAGCGCCAACGCAUUUUCUGGUGAUACCCAAGAAGCACAUAUCCCAGAUUUCUGUAGCAGAAGAUGCUGACGAAAGUCUUCUUGGACAUUUAAUGAUUGUUGGCAAGAAAUGUGCUGCUGACCUGGGCCUGAAGAAGGGCUACCGAAUGGUGGUGAACGAAGGCUCCGAUGGGGGACAGUCUGUCUAUCACGUUCACCUUCAUGUUCUCGGAGGUCGGCAGAUGAACUGGCCUCCUGGUUAAGCACAUUUUAGGGAUAAUUUUCACCACUGUAGGCAAUGAAUGAUCAGUUUUGCAAAUUAAACAGUACACUUUUCCCUGUGAAUGGAGAGAUUGAGGAAAUAAUUUCUAAAACCCAUACGUAAUAAAAGACAUUGUUGCAUGUUCUGAA